UAUUGUACAUGUAAUGAAAGUUUGGAUUUUUAUGAGAUACUGUUAAAGUGUCCAAGGGAGUCGGAUUAUUUCGAUAAUUUAGCACAGCCCAGCCAGCAUAAACACUGUUCACCUAUAAGCUAUCAUAUAAAUAUACAUGUCUUACAUAUCAUCACCAGGAAGGAAUCUUAUUAUUUAGAAAUAUAUAAUGUCAAAUGUCAUUUUGUUGACCUCUUACAAAUGGAUUAGACCUUUAGAUAUUGUUUUAUUGGCCUGUUUGAUUGCAUAAAAUUGCUCUGUUUUCAGAUACUCUCAAGGGAAAUCUGUUGGUGAGAGUAACAUAUUAAAUAUCAUCCAGACCUUUUCCGUUUAUAGCUGCAGCAAGUCGUUAUAUUUGUUAAAUGUUUCCCUUGAAAAGAACAAUUUUGACAACAGGAAUAAUAUGUAUUGAAUAAAUCUAUUAACUAUAUCUAUAUUUGUGUGACGUACGUACCAUAUGCAGUGCGUUGUUACCUAGCUAAUAUAUCAAAUUAAAAAAGCACACGUUGAGUAAUAUCAUGUGACAAGCUUGAAUGGAUAGAUACAAUAUGGAUUACAAUAUUAUUCUUGGAAUACUCUUUAUCAAUAUUAUAUUACACAAAGAACAAUGUGUAGCAAAAAGCAGCGGACAUGCGGUCUGGGAACAUUUGUUUCUUAAUAACAGCUAUAACAAUGGUGUAAGACCGGUUAAGCAAUGGGCAACACCAACAGUUGCUGAGGUUGGCAUGGCAGUAAUAGCAUUGAUAGACUUUGAUGAAGUUAAACAAACAAUUAUUCUUACUUCUAAACUGACACUUUCUUGGAAAGACGAAUACCUGGUUUGGAAUCCUCAUAGUUUUGAAAAUAUUACACAUAUUCAUGUUCCUCAGUCACAGGUAUGGAAACCGUUUAUAAUUCUGGAAAAUUCUGUCGCAAAAUAUUCUGAUAUGGGUUCCCCGUCUGUACAAAUUAUUGUUCACGCUGAUGGUAACGUCAUAUGGAAUCCAGUUGAAAUAUUUCAAUACACAUGCACGGCUGAUGUUCGACAAUUUCCAUUUGACACACAAACAUGUUCAAUGGUAUUUGAAACACCGGACUUUUCAGAUGAACUUAUCAUACGCUCGGUUAAAGAACACAUUGAUUUUCAUGGUAAAGGUGUUUUUUCAGGCUGGUCAGUAAUGGAGACUAGUAUGGGCACGGAAACAGAGAAAGGAGAAGGUACUCAUAUUAUAUGUGCUAUCACACUACGACGAAAUCCGACAUAUUUCAUAAUGAACGUUUUUCUGCCAAUCGUCAUUCUCUCCUUUAUGAAUAUUUGUGUAUUUGUCCUACCUGUGCAAUCUGGAGAAAAGGCAUCUUUCGUCAUCACCGUGUUCCUUUCACUUGCUGUUUUUUUUUUGACAAUUGUUUAA